GCCCGGCGAUGGCGGCUCCCGCUCCGAGCGGGGCCCUAGGCGUGGCGCUCUGGGGCUCGGUACUGGUUCUGGCGGGGGCCUUGGACGCCAUGGGGCCUCACACAGCCGUCCGCCUGGCCGAGCUGCUGACCCCGGAGGAGUGCAGCCAUUUCCAGUCGCUUCUGAAGGCGCCAGACCCGGACGUGGAGGAGGAGCUGGCCAGACUUUCUGAGGAUCGGUUGGCCCGGGCCGAACCGUCGGGGCCCACGUCGGGGUCGCCGGGCCGGCGGCGGCGGGAGGCGACUGACCCCGAAGUUUCCGACGGCUGCCGGGAGGGGCUGGCAGCUUGGCUGGCGGCCGAGGCCCCGACCCUGCCCUGGGACCGCGUGGCCCGGGCCCUGCGGCGCUGCGGCCGCCCCGACGUGGCCCGGGAGCUGGGCAAGAACCUCCACCAGCAGGCGACGCUGCAGCUGCGCCAGUUCGGGCAGCGCUACCUGCCGCCCGGCGCGCCCCCGGCGCUGGCCGGGGUCCCCGCGGCAGCCCCCGCCCCGGCUCCGGCCCGGCUCCGGGUCCCCGGGGCAGCCCCCGCCGCGGCCCCGCGCUCCCGCCGCGCCUCGGCCUCGGAGCCGAACUGGGACGAGCUGGAGCUGAUCGUGGAGCGCCUGCCUCCGGCACCGUACGAGCGCAGCCCCGCAGGCUGGGCCGGGCCGCUGGCGCUCGGCUUCUGCGCUGGCUUCGUGGGGUCGCUGGGCGCUGGGGCGCUGCUCGUCCUGCUCACGCUGUGGAUCACGGGCGGCGAUGGCGAUGGCGAUGGCGAUGGGGUGCGGCCGGGCAGCCCCGGCCCUCCCGCCACCGCCGGGCCCAGGCCACGGGAGGCGCACGGCUGGUGGGAGGCCACGCCGCUCUUGACUGAAGAGCAGCUGGUGUCGCCGGGGGCCUGGGCCUGGGCUGCAGAUGGGCCAGAUCCUCCCUCACCCCAGUGCCCCCGGAUGUAAAGCGGGCACAGUUUUGGGGUAGUGCUCCCUGUGACGUAUUAUAAAAGUUACAAAACACGCCAA